UUUCAUUAUAUCUAUAAUUAUAGCUAUACGUUCAGUGGCAUUAGAUUUCCAGUAGUCACACUUGUUUCAGGCAGUAAGGAAGGGUCACUCACAUAAGAAGGCGUCUCUGGAGGGAAACGGAGAGAAAGGAGAGCGAGAAAAAGAUCCAUGCGUCUCCCUUGACUCCUUGACUUCUCGGCUACUCUUGGCGCGUCACGCGGACGCCAAUCGAUCAGACAAUCCGCGACUUCCAAAGACGCCGUGUCGACGCCCGUCCGAUUCAAUUUACUUGUAAUACAAUAAAUCCUAUAACAAUCGUUAUAGGAAUAUCUUUUGAACUAUAUAUCAGUUCGGUUAGAAUUGAGGUUUUUUAAUUAUUUGAAAAACAAAAAAAAAUAGAGAAAGAGUGAAAAUGCCAUUUUUCAAAAAACUUCGAAGAUUCUCCAGACACAAGAAAUUAUGUGAAGAGUGGGCCCUGGCCAAUAGUCGUGAAUGCGUCGAGGGGGGUGGCGGUGGCAGUGCACCGGGACAGGAUGACGAUGAAGAUGCACCGGAAGUGACGUUUACGCUGAAAUAUUUAGGAAGCACUUUGGUUGAAACACCCUCUAGCGAAGAAGCCACUGCCGAGGCCAUUAAGACAGUCAUCACUAUGGCAAAGACUAGCAGCAAGAAAUUACAAAGAGUCUCCCUGGCUGUCAGCCUGAAAGGAAUCAGAAUGACGGAUUUAGCUACGGAAGAGGACCAACUUCAGAUUUCCAUAUACAGAAUUUCCUACUGUUCCGCUGACGCGAUGCACGAUCACGUGUUUGCAUUUAUUGCGACGAAUCUCAACGAGACGAUGGAGUGUCACGCUUUUUUAUGUCCGAAAAGAAAAAUGGCGCAAACCGUAACCCUCACCGUGGCUCAAGCAUUCAAUACAGCUUACGAAGCCUGGCAAUUGUCUCAGGCUGAUCCGAGGAUGCAUCACACUCAAGACAAGAGUCCGUCGUUAGAGGAUGACAGAAUAGAUUGGAAGAAUGGUAUAAUGCCAGAGACGUCACCGAGGGAGACGAAAAAGAAACAUCAAAGUGGUGGAAAUAUUGGGCAAAAUUCAAAAGACGGUCAAAAAAAUUUAUUAAUUGAUCUAUCGAACGAAUCCAAGCCAGCAGGAAAGUCUUGGGUCUGUUUCGAGGAGGAAGCUGCUAACGGGAUUAAAAAUUUGGAUAAAUGCACGAGCAAUAAUAUACCUAUGAAUAAUUUAAAUCAUACGUCGACACCCUCGCAUCACGUUGUACCAAGACCUUCCCCAGGGUUCAAAGUGCAAAAUGCUUGGGGCGAAUCGCGCACCAUGGACCUGAUGUGCUCGUAGCACGCGUAGCCCGCGGCUGAUAGCUUCCGCGACGUACCCCUAAUCACGGGACUGUGGAAGCACUUAUCGAAUAGCAGCCAAGCAAGUAAGAAGAUUUUACCCUAAGGAGAAAGAAACAGGUGUUGAGGUGAUAAGCUGUGGUAGAAGGGGUCGAGGUGCGAGGGGGGGUAGUAGGAAAGGAACAAAGCCAAGACGCAUUUACGCAAAUUCAUCCUUGCGAAAAAUAUCUUUGAGAUUUGAGGCAGCGAAAUUCCACUUUACACGCGAACAAAUUUAUUAAUACGCAGGAAAAGAUUUUUAAGAGAAUAUUAAGGUUGGUAAGAUUUUUUUUAUUUUUUUAUUUUUUUUCGUCUUAACGCUAUCAAUGAAUCUGUCCUUGUCGGUGCUUGAUGAUUGGCUGGAUUUGAAAGAGCAUCCAUUUAACUCUUAAUCGUGAUGGUUGAUGUUGCUUAAUCGACUUGAGGGAGGCUGGAGUGUUACGUAUCAAGUUUUAUCCAGACUAUUGACGUGCUUUCAAGAUUCGGUCAAUGGGAUUAUAGGUUUUAGAUUAAAAAUGAUAAACGGAAGUGCCAAACCAGGUGAUAAGCGAAUUCUCCAGUUUGAUGAUUUAUGAAUAGCACGUCCAUGUGACGCUGAAAAAUCUUUUGCGAAUCGAUGCAAAGAAACGUGCUUUUUGGGGAUAGUGAAUCAUUGAGUUUUUCUUUGGAAUUGAAAAAAAAAAAAUGGAGCUCACGUGACUUUGGAUUUAUUUUUUAUUCUUAUAUAUGUAUAUACAUACACAUGUAUACGCUAUGUGUAUAAACGUGCCAUACGAUUCUGUGAUCUGAAUUAUUGUAUAAAUUUUUGGUGAAUUUUUUUAAUGACUGCACAGUUGACAAAAUUUUUUUAUGAAAUUUUCCAAAUGGAAAUUCACUGAGAAGCAUGGUAGAGCCAAGGCGUGUCUGUUUGAUAACAUUAUGGUGUCUAUUAUUAUUAUUAUUAUUGCACUCAGAGCGAAGUGUCGUGUCGACGUUUCUAAAAAUGAUCGAAUAGUCGUAUAGUAUAUAGAAAAUCAAUAAUUUGUACACGUUGAAUUAUUUAUUUGUUACUUCGAAAAUGUAAAAUUGCAUAGCGCGAAUUGUCACUUAGCAAAAUUGUUACUUAUUGAUUUUUAAGACAGCUUUAUUCGUAUUACGUAAUUUUUUCCUGUAACAGAACUUCGAUAUAAAUUCAAUUAGAAUACGUUGAGCAUGUUUAUGAAAAUAUUAUACAAAUAUUUCGAUAUACGUAUGUUUUUAUUUGAAAAAUUGAAAAUUAUCGAUAUCGGUAUAUCCGUAAAAAAUGAACUUAAAAAUUAUCUCGCACGUAGAAUACGUAGUAGAAAUAUACAGUAUCGUCUAAAUAAAAAUUGAUUCGCGUACAAUGACACUUUCAAUUAGUGAUAAUUAUUAAGUCAAAAUUGAUUAGCUGUACCCAAGUAAUAAGUAACUAGUAGGUAACUCGUGUGUCGUAAGUUUUCGAUGUGAAGAAUUACAAUAACAAAAACACGUGAGAUGCAAAUCAUUUCGAUUUAAUUUGAAAAAAAAUAAAAAUUUUAACCAAUUGACCCGUUCGGUACACAGCAAGUGCAACGAAAAAUCGUUCUGUGUGGUCGGAGAUCAGACAGCAAUUAACAAAGGCGCUUACUAUGAGCGCGUACAGUGCUGCCCAAAAUUAUUUGCACAUUGCAAUACGUUUGACCAGCCAAUACUUUGUCCAGCACUGCACUGUACAAAUACUUUUGACCGGCACUGUAUAUGCGCUUGCGUUACGUUAAGCGACUGGAGCACUUAAGGGGUUAAAGAAAAAUUUACUUGAAUCCUUCUUCCAUAGGGACCAUUACGUAUACGUUAAUUGUACUAUCGAAAUGUUGCAUAAUCGGCAAGUAAUUUAAUGAAAAUUAAAUUUGCUCUCGAUAAGUGUACACAAAUUUUAAUUAAACCCUUACAUAAGAUUAUUAAAUUUUUAAAGUAAAUCGAAAUGAUUUUUUUUCUUUUUAAUAUUAAAGGUGAAAAAUGUUGAUCAUAAAAAAAUAUCACACACAUCAUUUAUCUCUAAAACCAUUAUCCAAGAUUGCAGCAGUUAAUUGGUGGCUUCGGUAAAAAAAUUCUUAUUUGACUCUUCUAUCGCGAUAACGUAAAGUAUACAAUGCCAUUAUCGUUUACUAGUGUCGAAGUAUAAAAAGAAAUAAAUAUAACCCACGAUCCAUGUGAAUUUGCAAAUAAUGCCAAAAUAUAAAAAUAUAUAAAGAAAUUGAACUGCACAAAUCUUAGUAAUUUUAUACAAUAGAAUUUGCACGUACGAAACAAUUAGUAUUACGACAUCAUAGCGUAGUGGAUGUAUCGAUAAUGGAAUUUUACAAUAUUCGCAUAUUAAGGUGCCAAUACUUAUUGUUAGUUCUUAAGGUUACGUGUAAAAAUUGGUAGAAAUACACGAAUCCAUACAUAUCUCCAAAAAAAGAAA